UGACUCCUGUUCUGACAAUUGCAUUGAUUGGUGGCACUGAUUCUAUGGAGAUUGAAUCUGGAAAUCUCCUUCUUGGUCAAGAUAAUCUACCAGCAGCAGAACUUUCACAGAUAGCACCCAGGAUGUAUGAUUUGUCCAGUCGUUGCAUCUCUGUCAUCAACAUGCUGGGCUUGCAGAGUUCUGAACUUACCCAGGAGAAUCACAUAGUCCCACUUGUGCAUAAGCAGGGUAUCAAUGCUGUCCUCUUACUUCUACCAUUGGGUCAGCAUAUUAAUGAAUUCAAAAUGGGAGUGGGGUGGCUGGAAAGAAUGCUUAGAGAGAGAGCCCUUGCCUUUACAAUAAUCGUCUUUACCCACAAGAAUGAGCAAGAUUUUGGAUUGGGUGAUCUAAAGGAGAACAAUGAUCUGAUGAAUCUCAUUGAAAUGUGUGGAAAUAGGUAUCUCACUUGCAAAAGGAGUAUGAAUGAUCCAACCGAGAUUUCAGCAGUACUUGAACAGAUAGACCUCAUGGCGUCUAAAAAUGAUCCAUGCUGCUACACAGGAGAAAUGAAUGAUGAAGAGAUCAGGAAACGGCAACUGGAAACAGAUUGGGGUGACCGAUCACAAAGCGAGGAGAAAACUUUAUCAGGUAUGUCCUCAAUCCAUUUGAUGCAGCAGCCGUAGGAGGAUUUUCCCCAUCUUGACAUGUGAAUCCCUCUACACACACUUAACCCGAUUGUCGACGAUACCCCAAAACUGUUUUUCGGUCUAUAUCUCAUAUAUUAAGAUAGGCAGAGUGCGAAUUAUACCGUGAAAUCUAUUUUUUUCAAUAGACCUCAUAUGUGUGCACGCGCUUGCGUGGGCCUGCUCUUUAUGGGCCUAAUAGUAAUGGCAUGUCAUUUAAGGGUAAAACAUUUUUCAUGACCUUUUCAUCUGGCAUGAACACAACUAGUCAUGAUGUUUUCAUCUUAUUGUCAAACAAAUCACUUCAAAAAGUAGGCUACCUGCACAUGUUCAUCCACUCUAAAAGAAUUCCAGAUCCAAACAGUGCACUGUGCACUCGCACCAUUUGAUGAAUGGAAAGAGACAUCUGUUACAAAGCACCAAAAAGUGUAAUGACAUUCGGCAAUUGUCAUUGACCACAUUUGCAUGCAAAUCAAAUCAAAUCAAGCUUCAUUUAUACAGCACAUUUCAGACAUGGAAUGCAACGCAAUGUGCUUAACAGGGAAAAACUAAUAAAAACUAUGAAAAUAAAAGCUGAAAUAUUUACUACACAACAAACAUAAGAUAAAAAACAAAAGAAUGACACAAACUGAACAACUAAAAAGCACCCUGAGGAAAAGCAAAGCUAAAAAUAUGUGUUUUACGCUCUCUUUUAAAUAUGUCCACAGUUUCAGCCCCCUCGGGUUCUAUGGCAGGCUAUUCCAGAGGCUGGGGGCAUAAUAACUAAAGGCUGCCUCUUCAUGCCUCUUGGUCCCAGGCUUUGGGAUAGUUCAAAUGCCAUUACCAGAGGAGCUGGGGGACCUACUGGGUACAUAACUUAAAAGCAUGUCUGACAUGUAUUGGGUCACACAAUCUUAGAAGAAUCUUUAAAUUAAUUCUAAAACUCACAGGCAGCUAGUGCAGAGACCUUAAAACCGGUGUAAUGUGUGCUCUCCGUCUGGUCUUGGUCAGUACCCGUGCAGCAUUCUGUAUGUUUUGCAGUUGACCAAUGGCUUUCUAGGGUAGACCAGACAGGAGAGCAUUACAGAAGUCAAGCCUGCUUAUAAUAAAAGCAUGGAUGAGUCUCUCUGUAUCAGACUGAAAGAGAAACGUCCACACCAUGGCAAUGUUCCUCAGGGUUCAGAAUAAAAAAUAACACCUAGGGUUUUUACCUGGUGUUGUGAGCCAUCCAAGUUUUUAAAUCACUAAUACAGUCUAAUAAUUUAUCCGUGGAGCUAAAAUCCUCUGGUGACACAGAAAUGUAAAGUAUGUAUUGUCUGCAUAGCAGUGAAAAUCAAUGCUGUGCUUUCUGAUAAUGCUGCCAAGGGGUAACAUAUAUAAACUCAGCAGUACUGGACCCAAAAUUGAACCAUGUGGAACGUCACAUGUGAUAUGUAUUUUCUCUGAGUUUUGUUCUCCAAGGGUGACCCAAAAAAAUAUUGGCCGGUUAAAUAGGUCCUAAACCAAUUUAGAACAGGACCGGAGAGCCCAGCCCACCUCUCCAGUCUGUCCAGAAGGACAUCAUGGUCAACAGUGUCGGAUGCAGCACUUAAAUCUAAGAGUACAAGGACAGAGAGCUGUUGGUAUCUGUGUUGGCUCUAAGAUAAUUUAUGACUUUAACUAAGGCUUUGUGCUGUGGUUGGCAUGAAAACCAGAUUGGAAUUUUUCAGAAAUACAGUUGGCACUUAAAAAAGCAUUUAGGUGUUUGAAGACCAAUUUCUCCAGAAUUUAGCUUAUGAAUGGAAGGUUGGAGAUUGGCCGAAAUAUUGCUAAGAGCUGAAGAAUCGAGAUCACUUUUCUUCAGAAGUGCUUUCACCAUAGCAGUUUUUAGUGCACACCAAUAUCCCAUUAUUAUUCGGGAUACAUAAGUAUUCUGUUUUUGAGUUGAGGCAUAUAAACAUCAUAUCCCGUUUACAAUAACCAGAAAAGCUUGUAUACCUGGAUAAGAUACUGUGGCAUGUAAACAUCUUAUCCUGUUUACUGUUGUUUUUCGUGGUCUGUACAGGCACAGUUUCACAUAUCAUGGGUGUUGUGUAAUGUUUUCAUCUGAUUGUCAAACAAAUCACUUCAGAAAGUAGGUUCGAUCCACAAUAAUAAUUCCAUAAUAACUUAGUUUGCUGAUUCUCACACUGGACCGUAUAGCCUGCUGGCUACUUUCACCCCUAAUUCAGACAGGUUUCUGCUUAUCAUUUCUGACAUUUGGUAGGCCAUUUGUUUGUAAACUAGUUAGACACAUGCAGCUUCUCUUCUGUCAUAACUUGUUGGCCCAUAAGACUAAAUAAAGUAGUUCUCACCAGAAUAAUGUCUUACAUCAGGAGAAUGAAUGCAUUGGUAAUCUAUGUAGUUAACACCGGUAAAGUUGUCAGUUUUGUUUAGGGACCGGGGUGAAAACGCAAUAACUCCAAAACAGUGGCAAGAUAGGUCCUGUGCAAAAUGUCCAUAUGUCAUCAGUUUGACGGGUUUUAAGGAAAUUAAAAGCUGAGAAAAGGAUUAAACCCAUUUCUGAUAAGACUUCAGUUGGUCUUGGGUGCAUAUUUUAUGUGGUUGAAAUACUGUCUGCUUGCAUAACAGAGUCACAGAUAACACAUUACAUGUGCAUUUGCAUUUUCGUAAAAGAUGCUGAAAUAAAUAAAUAAUAUUUCUCCAUUCCUGUUCCCGAGAAAAUUUACAUUUGAUAUAUAAUUUUACUGCAAUAAAUGCAUAAUUCUGCAGUAGUUAAUAUUAUAUUACACUACAUGUGAGAGGUUAUAGGCCUACUGUCAGUGUCAAUAUUGCAGUUACUAUUCCAUUUAACCUAUAUGAACUUAAAUUAGGAAUAUUCCCACAUUUUUCCCAGACCUAGUGUUGUUGCCCUACAGUAGGUCUGGGAUUUACGAGACUUGGUAUUGACAACAGUGGGAUAAGUGUGUAAAUGGAUUCACAUGUGAAGAUAGGGGGAAAUCCUCUAUGUGUUGCUAGAAAAGCUUGGUUAACAAUGGUAACUUUCCUGUCCUGUAAAAAAGGGAUCAAUGCCACAAAGAUUGAAACAUUAGGAGAACACUAUUAUGUCUAAUAUACACUUUACUUUUUCCUGUCCCUCUUACUUACAGUUCCAGGUAACUUGCCUGAAGAUGCUGUUGCAAACAAAGAAAAGGUAAAUUUGAAAUAACCUCACACAACCUCUGUUAAGCUCACAUACAGUGCCUUGUGAAAUUCUACACACCCCUUGCACAGUCUUCGCAUUUUGCUGCCUUAAAAUUAAAUCAAAACAUUUAUUAAAUUCGAUUUUUUCCUACUUAUGUACAGAACCUACUCCACAUUUUCAAGGUGAAAUAAAUAUUAUAAAACAUUUUCCAAAUUAAUAAAAAAUGAAAAACCAAGAUGUCUUGAUUGCGAAUGUCUUCACACAUGGUGGAAGCAUCUUUGGCAGCUGUGAAUAAUUUUGAAUAAGAUUCUACCAACUUUGCACAACAUAUGUCCAUUGUUUUAGUCAAUAUUGCUCAAGCUCAGUAAUUUUGGUUGGGAAUCAUUGAUAGCAAUAUUUAAACCUUAAGUCUGAUUUCAAGCAGAUUUAAGUCAGGACUGAGACUGGACACUUCAGAAACACUCAACACAAAGCCAUUCUGGUGUCUUUGGCAUUAAGAUGUGUGUAAUUGUCUCGCUGAAAAAUAAAAUUCCGUGCCAGUGACAACCAUACCCAUAAAAUGAUGCUACCACCACAAUACUUAGGACAUACAUAGGAUCAACAACAUUGCAUUCACUCCACAUUACUGGCCUGUAUGACAAAGUGAAAAUAAUUAAUCAUUUUUUUUAUCCACUCCAAAUCAUCCAUUGUUUGCAACAACGCCGUUAAGUAAUCCUGCAAGAUAAUACGGAAAAUAAAAUAACUUUUUGGCCUAGAUUAAAAUCAACAGGCUUGGGUCAAGUCCAAUACAACACAGAGUGAAACCCUCCUGUAUUUUCAAAUCUUGUGGUGGCAGCAUCAUGUUAUGGGUAUGCUUGUCACCGGCAGGGACUGGGGUGUUUGUCAGGAUCAAAAUAAAUAUGAAAGGACCAAAGCCCAGGUAAAGGUUUGUAAUGGCUGCCAAAAGGGCUUCCACCAAUUAUUACUCUGGGGUGUGAAGACAUACACAAUCAAGACAUCUUCGUUUUCUUAUUUGUAAUAAAUUGACAAUUUAUAUAUUUUUCGUUCACUUUUAAAAUAUGGAGUAGGUUGUGUAGAUCGGUAGGGAAAAAAACUAAUUUAAUCCCUUUUUAGAUUUAAUUUUAAGGCUGCAAAAUGUGAAGACUGUGCAAGGGGUGUGUAAACUUUCACUAGAAACUGUAUCUCCUAAAUGUCACUCUUAAGCAGUGGCGGCUCCUGAAAAAAUUCUCAGGAGGGGCAAUUUUUCUGAUGAUUUAGGUGACCUACACACAUUUUUAAAAAGAUAUGUCCAGCAACAACAUGAAGACAGGGGCAGCAUAUAAGUCAAUACCAGAAGCAUUUAUUGACUGAUCUCAAAAGUGUUGGCUUACAAAAGCAAAAUAAGUUAUCACAGUAAAAAUAAUCAAGGGUGUUCUUUCACAUUCCUCAACACUGCAUAAACAAUAUGUAUGGCUUUGUAAAAAUGAACAACCAUAUUCUGGCCAAUUGUAUAGAUUUGUAAAUAUGAACAACCAUAUUCUGGCCAAUUGUAUAGAUUUGUAAAAAUUAACAUGAACAGAUUUUUUAUUUUUUUGAAUGGCAGUACCUUUCAAACAUGUCUGCUUGCAGUAAGGUAGCACUCACAAGGUGGCCAGAGAAAGAGAACCUUUCUUUGGUGUGAUCCAGGAUGGUGUUGCAGACCUCUUCAGACAGCCUCUGCUUCUCCUCUUCUCUCAAAGCUGUUCUGGGUCUUUUGGCUCCUGUUGCUUCUUGCAGCUGCUGUUGAGAGGAGUCCCUGAAGGCAAACAGACCAAUGUGUUUGUUGGCUUUGUACAGUAUUGUUGUCUAUGUGAUGCACAGGUAUAUGCAAUGUAUCCAUGUAUAGUACAAAUACUUCAGUUCCACUUAAAAUGGGCAGGGAUGCAUAAAGUCUUUAGUGUUUAAGUUAGCCUUUGUGUCUCACAUAGCCUGGAUGUUCAGCACAGUAUACAGUGGUGCUCAUAAGCUUAUGAUCCCAUGCUAAAGUUGACUAAAAAGAGGAAUAAAAAAGAAAAGAAAAUUGGUGUCCUUAAAGGUUGGAUUUUCCAACUUUUUUAAUUAAGUCAUUAAGAUCAAUUUCCAAAAGAUGAUUUUUUUAUUUUUUUAUUCCUCUUUUUAGUCAGCUUUAGAAUGUGUUCAUACACUUAUGAGCACCACUGUACAGUACACAUAGUAUAUAAAAUAAGAUAGAUUACACCACUGGCCAUAUAUAAUGACAAUAAUGUAAUUUCAAACACAAAUGCAGUCUCCUUUCAUGCAUACAUUUUCAAAUAAAGCUCUGCUUUGAGAAAGAUCGAAUGAUAUUGUUUAAUCUUUAUCUUACCUUAUGGCCUGCACACUGCUUGCGAAGCUGUCGAGGGCACGUUUGAUAAAGACAGCAUCGAUGUCCUUAUUCUGUAGCUUCUGGUACGGUGGGCUGGUCAAAUGAACCCAAUGAACCCGUCCGGAUGGCUUCAAAACAUUCUAUGAGGUCGUCUCGAUUCUCGUAGACAGUGUUCACGACUCUGCUGUUGCUAACCUCAUCGUUGUGGCGGCGGACAGCUAGCCUGUAUCCCUCAUCCAGUUGAGUGGCAAUAUUCACUCUCACCAAAGCAGACAAUCUCAAACAGCUAUCAAUGUGGGUCUUUGACAGCUCAUUUUUCUUAAUCUUUUCUGAAAGAUGGUGCAUGUCGGUUACACCAGUCGCUGUCCAAGCGUUGCUGUCUGCCGUUCAUGGUUACGUUACGUUACGUAUGACGAAAGCGCGUAAGUGCAAGCCCUCAGACACCCAUAGAGAAUGUAUUGAAAGCUCAGAAAUUUGAAAAAAAAAUAUUUUACAUUAGAGGCUAUGAGAGACUUCUGGGCGAUUUUCAACCUGACUGAAAUCGCCCCAAAACGGGCGGGGACAUUUGAAGCACGACUUUAGCCUGAUUGGACAUUUAGUGGCUGGCAGAUCAGACGUGAACACUGAACUACUGUUGCCAUGAUAUAAUUGAUUAGAAAAAAAAUCCCUUCCUUUUCCCGUUUGGCAGUGCGUCGCCCAUAUCGCCCUAUUGAACACACCGCCCAUGCUCUUAAGUAUGUCUGUUCAUAGUAUGGCAGAUGUUUUGACUUACUAAGCUAUUAAAAUGUGUUUGGUUAACGUUAAAGGGAGAAGAAAUGAGACUUGAGGAAAUCGACGGGAGUUUAAAUGAAAAUAACAUCCCGGAAAAUAUACAACUACCAAAAGUAGAAGAGCUCAUGUGUAGACUUCACCUUCAAGAUAAAUAUCAAGAUAAGUUGACAACUGCAGACUUCCUGAACAUUGGCUCUUCCGCUCAACAUCAACACGAACCCCAAACAGAGAACAAACUAGCUCAUACUUUCCUACAAAGGUUGUUGAUGCUGGACUACAGAGCCAGGUACAUUCCUGUAAGAGAGGAGAAUAGUGAGAUGCAUGACACAAAUGACAACAGAAGUGAUAAUGCAGAAACAGAAGAAAGUGCCUUUGAUGCCCUUUUCAACAAGAACACAGUCUCGAGUGAUAUAAAGAGGAACACGCAUGUUCACCCAAUGGACGUCCAGAUGGCAGUGUUUCACUGUUCAGACAGUUUCCUUCGGCAGUUCAUGGUCACAAAGCUGUCCUUGUGUCAGUAUGCCUUGCCUUUGCUUGUGCCAAAUCCCUUCACCAAAGAGAUUGAAUGCCCUUUGUGGACAUUUCGACAAAUCAGAAAAACCUGGAAGUCCACUAAUGGCUCUAAUAUGGUCACCAGCCAAAGUAUUCCUAUUUACAAGGCAGAAACACCAAUGGUGUCAUUCUUUAGGCUUGGAUCUGUGUCGUCAUCAAAAUCUCAGCUGAUGAACAACUUGAUCAACCAACGUCACAGCACAUUCUUCCACAGACACUGUCCA